CUUAAGCGAGCAUCGUGCUGCAACUGCAUACUUCUGUAGGUCGUCGACUAUAAGAGGCCAAGGACAACGGGGCAGUAAUGAGAGCGUCCUUUGAAAUCACUCUCAUUUUCACAGCGUCACUGGUUUGUGCUCAAGAGCCAGGCACAUCAAAGACGGCCGAAUUCUAUAAUGCUGGUGGAUCGCUAGGACCCAACUCUUUCGACGAUGCCGACGGAGAGGAAAGCAGUAACGCGGGUGGGAUCUCGACAGCAAGCGGAUUGGAAGGAGCCUUCAGUGGUGGCAAUUUUCACCCUGGCUUAGGAGCAGCACCAGAAAUCCGUGCUCAGUUUCCUACUGAUGGCGAUGAAUUAGAGUCUAGGCACACAAGAGGGCACGGCUACUUCAACGCAAAAAGAGAGUCGCCUGGCUUCCCUGUUGGCCCGGGAGAGUCACCAAGUGAACAAGGCUUCAGAGCGUCCAUUCCUUACGAAGGCUUACACAGUCCGGCCGGCUACGCAAUCGCAAGAGUUGGCGGCGUCUCCGCAGGAAACUAUGACAUAGGAGAAGAGCCUAGGCCAGAAAACGUUUUUGUAACUCGCAGUGCGAGUGAACAGCCUGAGAGUGCAGGUGACUACAGACUCUUAGUCGGUGAGAGGGCACCCUUGGGCUACACCUCUGAAACCGCAAAUUCACCCGACGCAACCCACAUUUCAACUGGAAAAAUCGAAGAUUCCGAUGGUUCUAGCAAAUUUGAAGUUGGGGAGCAUUUAGGGCGUAGACCCGAACUGGGUGAGACAUAUAGACUUCCAGUUCUCCCUGCUGAUAGUCCAAGUGAGCAGGAUGGAGUUGCCGACGUGUACGGCUCUUAUCCGUCAGGAAAUCGACCAACUCAGUUUGAGGAUGACGUUGCAAUACCAACGAGUGGCCGCUUCGAAGAUGCUAGACCGGACUACACAACGGGCGUCAGCUUUGCCAACGAACCCGAGGUUGACGAACCCCUACGAAGCCACACUACCUACGAUGACAACGGCUUUCUUGAUUCUGAAAGAUCUUACACCGGCGUAGAAGAAAAUAAUGGCGGCGCUGGCACUGGUAUUUUCAGUCCUUUAGACGGUCUAGAAGGCUCCCCUGAUGUUACCAACGUUCAUCGAGACCACAACAAUGUUGCGACAUACCCUGGCGACGACGACCCCGCAAAGCCCAAUUACCUGGUACUCUUAAUAUCCCGACGCGGCGGCGGCAGUGACUCGUCCAAUUCUCUAGAAGCACCCGAACAACGUAAAUCAAUAGUUGCAUUGCAAAAUGACCGGUAAGAAGGACUAGUCAAUGUGAAAUAAUUUAGAUCAUAUCUGCACGUUAACAUUGAGAUGCACUGAAUAAUUCAACGUCUUGAUUAUAAUGCCAAAAUCUGAGUUGAAAUCUUUACUCAGAAAACAAACGUGAUUAAUAAACAAAGUGCUCACAAUUUACUAGAAACUAGGCCACCACAGCUCUCUCUCGCUCUCUCACGAGCUUUUGUAAAAACUCGAUUUUUAUUGUUCUGGGCCAAUACCUUCCGCCAACCCCAUUCAAAACAUUAUAAGGCCCUCGUCGAAAUUUCCCAUGAGGCAGACGUCUUCACUUAUCGUUAUUAAUGCCAGAUGGGCGGUUCAAUUCCUGUCAUGCGGGCAAUGUGUGCUGGAAAUUUAAGUGGUGAGUGUCAGGAAAGAGUCAUAGCCGGCCCUGCGUUCUGAGACAUUCUCCUCCUUGAUGUAGGGAUAGUUAGGUUCGUGUAUGUAAUAACUGUCGCUCAGUAGAAAAGAAGGGGAGAGGUAGGGAGGUUAAUCAUAAGAAAAACAGUAAAAUAAUGUAGGGGGCGGCUUGUACACUUUGGUCUACAACUCAACACUUUUUUAUGAAAAUCGAUCUAUAUGUAACCCUACGAUAUACUCCGUUAGAGCGGCAGAACGGAGACCUCCGCCUGUCACAGCCGACGAAAAAUCAUCAGUCCUUCAAAGCAUAAGCUCUAUCCAUAUGACUUGUGUAU